AUGAAUCCUUCUGUAGCUGCAAAUUCACGAGGCGAAAAGCCUGAUGAAAUCUCCACUGUUGAUUCGAUUUCAAAGUCAGAUGUUGACAUAGCCGAUUCAAUACCAACAAUUAUUAUCGAGUCAUCAUCCAACGGUAAUAAUUCACCUGUCACACCAAGCUCUCCAACGGAUAAAAAACAGACUGAUGAAUCUGGAUUCAUUUCUCCUUCUCAGACACCACAGCAAGAAGCUACAUAUUCAGCGUCACUCAAAACAGCGGAUUCUACUACUGCGACUACAACGCAACGCAAUUCUCAAUUACUUGAUGAACUCAAAUAUUUACUGAAACCAACGAACUCGCUAGCAAAUCCGGAUUCGCCCAUACAAGCCACGCAAGAAGCAGAUGUUGCAAUAAAAAGGCGAACACUGCAGUUCGACGAAGAUGUUCUGAAAGAAACUGAUCGAUUGUUAAUCGAAGGGUUAACUCCAAUCGAAGCAAAAUCCCUUGGCGCUGUCGAACGUCGUUCAAUCGCUUCGCGUGGUGGCCAUCGAGUGUCGUAUAUCGAUGCCGUCUCGAAUCGAUCGCGUGCUUCUUCGGUUCAACCAACGAGUUAUACUGGUUACUAUGCUCAACCAACAACUAUUGAUCUAGUUCAUGAGCCUAAAUCACAUCGUACUCUUUUCGAUCGUUUGUCUGAUCUCAUGUGGAUAUGCUUUGCUGCCUACUCUUUUAGUAUCAUUUUGUUUCUUACUGAUAAAUGCGGAAUCGAUCUCAUUUUUGGUUUUUCUUUACAAAUGAUCAUUCAAACAGUAGCAUUUGGCAUCUACGCUUUUUAUAAAGGCUAUAGUUUAUUCGAACCGUUUGAAUAUCGAACUGCAAUGAUCGCUCGCAGUGUUUUCAUCGGUAUCGGUGUAUUGACUGCUUAUCUUGCUUAUUAUUAUAUAACAUUACCCAAUCUCUCGGCUUUUCGACAAACUCAAGUCAUUUUAACUGUUUUAUUAAGUUUAAUUAUCCUCCGAGAAGGCAUUACUAUUCCACGUAUUCUCGCUCUUGUUCUAACAUCAAUUGCUGUCAUAGUUCUCACACGUCCAACGAAAUUCGGUGAAGCUCCAACAACGGAAUACAAUACAAAUAAUUAUAAGAAUUCUUGGAUUCCAUAUUCAUCUUCAUGGAAUUACAUCAUUGGUAUUAGCCUUGCAUUGUGCACAGCCAUUCUACAUAGUAUCGCAUCCGUAAUCAAUAAAGUAUAUUUAACUACGCAACAUAUACAUGAUACUGUUGUGUGUUUUUGGUCUGCUUUAUCAGCAUUACUCAUAUCGAUUGCUCUUCUAUGGGUUACACAUUUUAUGAUAAAAGAUGUAAGAUCGUUUCCUCACGAUUGGCGUCUCUAUGCUGCUUUUGGGCUAGCACUACUAUCGAUUUUUGCGUUUGUUGCAAAUCAAAAAGCUGUCAAACGUGCAUAUUCGUCAACUGUUACGUUGAUCUAUUCGACAGAUAUUAUCUUAGUGUUGAUUCUCCAAAAUCUAUUCACGCAAUUCAAGAGUGAUGCAGUGAUCAUCCUAGGUUGCGUUUUAGUUUUCACAUCUGCAUUGAUCAUUUGCAUGGAAAUGCUUAUCAUGGAAAAAAGUCGAAGCACAACAUUGGUGAAAUUGGCUGAAGUAGCAAAUACGAGUACACAGCACGUUGAUUCGCCGAAUCCAGCAAUUUUAGACACGUCACAAAAACAUAUCUCAGUGUAA